UGGGCGCUGUGACUUCUGGGUCCCCCGGGAAGCCCAACACAACCCGGCAUAAAGCGCGCGCGCCCACCUUGGGCAGAGGUGGCGGAUUCCUGCCCGGGUUUGCAGGGGUAUUAGAAGAGCCUGGGCCUGGUGAAGAGAGACUCGAGGGACUUGGUGAACCAGCUAGCAUUCACGUCUGCCACGUGAAAAUGAGCAGCCGACGGAAAUGUGCUCCUCCUGUGAAGGUGGAUGAAGAAAAGCAACAGCAGCUUCGUUGGAACAUGCAUGAGGACCGGAGGAGUGAGUUGCUCACCUUGACUGAUGAUGAGCAGCCAUGCCCAGGUGCAGACUCCUCUCCUGCUCACUUCAUCUUGCUGGAUGAUAGUCCUCAGGAAAAGCUGGCUCGCAGGCCUAAGAAGAGGUGUUCUGAGGCUGUGAGCUUCUCAGAGCCAACUGAAAAAGACGAGACCUCUGCUGGUGUUUUUUCCUGUUUGUCUGUGAAGUUGAAUGUUGUGAUUUCUCCCUAUCAGUUUGAUAAUUCUUGGAAAGCACAUCUGGGAGAGUUAACUCUUCAGCUUCUUCCUGAACAGAGUUUAAUUGAAAAUUUUUCUGAACGGAGUUUUACAUUGAUGAGUUCAGAAUCAAGCAAUCAGUUCCUGAUCUAUGUUCAUUCAGAAAGUGAAGACUUAGAGAAACAAGAAAAAGGAAUAAAAGAAUCGAUCAGCUUUUGUGAUAAGGGUAUUCGAGUGGAGUCAUCCUUCAGUGGUGAAAUGUUGGAAGAUUUGGGAUGGCUACAAAAGAAGAAAAGAAUAAAACUUUACCAAAGACCAGAAGGAAAUCACAUUAUCAAGGUUGGGAUUUAUAUUCUGGAAGCUGGCCUAGCAAAACUAGAUUUUUUCAGUGAUGCAAAUUCAAGAAUGAAAAAGUUCAAUCAACUCAUGAAGAGAGUGAUGGAAAAGUUAUACAAUUUUAUUAUUCCAGAUGUGUUGGAAGAUGAGGAGGAUUCGGAAAGUGAGACAGAGGGACAGGACAUUGAUGAGCUGUAUCACUUUGUGAGGCGAACCCAUCAACAAGAAGCGCGGCCAGUCCAAGUUGAUGUCCAGCACCCUGCAUUGACCCCUGUAUUGAGGCCGUACCAGAGAGAAGCGGUCAACUGGAUGCUGCGACAAGAGCAUUUCAGAAGUGCUCCUGCUGGAGGCAAGUGUGCGAUGCUUAAGGAGAGGUGCACCAAUUACAAGGGUUGUGAAAGAAAGUGGGGACGGGGAGGAGCAAUCAUUAAGAAAGCACAUUGA